UGCAGUUUCAUUGAGGAUGUUCUGUCAUUUGCAGCAUUUCAUUCUUCUUUUGAUGCUGUGCUAUGGUGAAAGAAGUAUUGCUUUGAUAUGGACUUUCAAAAAAAUAUAUAAUACAAACAAUGACUACCUACAUCUCAUCUACCCAGACCCGCAUGCUCACGCCCCCAUCCCUUUUUGUCUCCAAGCUGCGUGAUGAGAAGGGAAUCGUCCAUCCAUUGGGUGUCUCGCAACACCCCCAUCGUCAGUUACAAAGUAACGGUGCACUUGAUUUAAAUUUGAGGCACAUGAUAGGAAAAAGGCUGUAAAUCGCAUGCGCACUGGGAUACUGUAGUCCGGGACCAGACCGAGGACAGGACGCGAGCAAGAGGAGGAUCUUCGGCACGUAUUUUCGAAGUCCGGGCAUCGGCUAAACGAUGCAUUAAAUGACAAGGGCAGCAACAAGCCAGGUACACAGAGCCUCAUUGUCCCAUCACCCCACCAUGGAUAACCUAGAAGAGGACCUGACAUGUUCUGUGUGCUAUUCCCUCUUUGCUGAUCCUCGGGUCCUGCCCUGCUCCCACACCUUCUGUAAGUCCUGCCUGGACAACGUACUCCAAGUCUCUGCCGUCUAUUCAAUCUGGCGUCCACUGCGGCUCCCACUCAAGUGCCCCAACUGCCGCAGUGUGGUAGAGCUCCCGCCAACAGGUGUUGAUGCAUUGCCCAUAAAUGUCUCCCUCCGCGCCAUCAUUGAGAAGUUCCAGAAGGACAGCCAACCACAGCCCCCCUCCUGCCCUGAGCACCACCGACAGCCCCUCAACAUCUACUGUGUCCAGGACCGCCAGCUCAUCUGUGGCUUCUGCCUAACAGUGGGCCAGCACCAGGGACACCCCAUCGAUGACCUGCAGGCAGCCUUCAUCCGGGAAAGGCAGGCACCCGCUCACCUACUGGGGAGGCUCUCAGACCACCGCUGGGCAGAGGUGUGUGAGCUGGGGGAGCAGUUGGAGCAGGAGAAGGCCAGCUGCGAGGGCCUAGUGAGGCAGGACCGGCAGGCCGUGGAACAGUACUUCCAGGGGCUGGAGCUGGUGCUUGCCAGGAAGAAAGAGGCAUUCAUGGGGGCCCUGGACACCGCAAGCAUGGAGGUGUCGCUGGCCUACAAUCCACUCAUCCAGAGGCUGAAGGAGCUGCAGGAGGAGCAGCUGGACUUGUUGUCCCUGGGCUCAGCUGUGGAGGAUGAAGACUCCCCCCUGGUGUUCCUGGAGAAGGUGUAUCUGUUCCGGGAGAGGGUGGAGGCACUGGUAAAUGCCACCCUGCCCGAAGUCACAUCCCUCGCUAUCACCCCCCGUGCUGCUGAGUACCUGGAGCAGCACUGGGUGGGAGUGACCAUCGGAGGGCUGGAGGAAGGGCCGGUGCCUCGGGUCUGCUGCUGUGCCAAGCCCACCAUUCUGGAGAUGGUUCUUAGGACAGAGACAGGGAGUCAACCUGGAGGCUGGGUCCAUGAUCUGUGGCAGCAGCUCCAUCCCACUCUCCCAGUGGUGCUCCUGGGGAUGCUGCUGCUCCUGGCGGCAGUGUGGGUGAAUCCUGUUGGCGGAGCAUCUCUGGGAUUCUCCUUGCUGUCCCAGCUCAGUCAGAUGGUGCACGGCCUGAGUAGCGAACUGACCACCUCACUAUGGGAGACAACAGGCUUCCUGUAUGCACAGACAGGGGAGGUAGUGUGGAGGUACAGCUCUGCCCUCUCCACACUGGGGGAGAACACCUACCAGCAGCUGGCAUCCCUCUACAAGACCCUCAGCUCCUGACUCUUCACUUCAGGAUGGAUCCCAGCUCCUUGUGACAUAAGGUCUUAAUGUCACCUGUUACACUCCUUUGGUUGGGAAUUGACACCAACUGUGCCUAGCGAUUGGAACUUUCCUGAUGCGGCAGGAUAGUUGACAGAAAACACAGGCAUUACUUCUGGGACUAACCCUGACCCCAGCUAAAGCUUAUCACAGGAAGAUACUGCCUCAUGUACCAGAAAAUGAAAAACCAUGAUAUGCAUUCAGAAGAUUGAAAACAGUUAUUUACAUUUUGAUUGGUUCUGGUCCCCCAUGGGAAUUGAAUCCACAACCCUGGCAUUGCAAGUGCCAUGUUCAUAUACACUGCUCAAAAAAAUAUAGGGAACAUUUAAACAACACAAUGU